AUGGCGUCGUCUCCGUUCAUAACCACAGAGCAUAUCGUUGAUUGCCAGUAUAUACGAGAGUAUCCUCGAGCAACGCGAACAACAGAAGAUGCAUUGAAGCUCGUAGUCAAAAAAUAUACGCCAAAAUCGAAUCCAAACCCCCGACCUGGGGAUAUCACCAUCAUUGGUGGUGCAGGCGGCGGAUACCCUAAAGAACUCUACGAGCCAAUCUGGGAAGAGCUCUAUGAAAGAUUGAAGCGCGAUGGACUUCGCAUCCGCUCUAUUUGGAUUGCGAAUCCUGUCGGCCAGGGUGCAAGCGCAGUGGUGAACGAAGAGAAUCUAGGGAAUGAUCCAUCGUGGUUCGAUCACAGCCGAGACCUGCUUUACAUGAUCAAUCAGUUCCAGGCUGACAUGCUGAGGCCACUUAUGGGCGUCGCGCACAGUCUCGGCGCUGGACAACUGCUGCACUUGUCUUUAAUUCAUCCCCGGCUCUUCAGUUCUCUCGUCCUCGUGGAACCGGUGAUUGAAAGAGACUUCGUUUCCGGGAAGGGGCCAGCAUUCGCGAAACUUGCGCUUAGCAAAAAGGAUGUCUGGCGAUCUCAGGCAGAAGCGACUGCCUUCUUCAAAAAGACGCAUAAGAAUUGGGACUCAAGAGUCUUGGACUUGUGGCUACAACAUGGCCUAAAAAAGCUACGCCCGGAAAGCGAUCUGGCUGAAGAGGCUGAUUCAGACUCUCCUGUCACUCUGGCCACUUCAAAGUACCAAGAAGCGGCACUAUACGCGCGCCCCAACUUCCUCAACAGGCAAAUGCUGGACUUCGAGAAAAACCCCGAUCCUGAUACUCCCCACGAUGCCUCUUUUCACCCAGAUGUCGUGGGUCCCACCCAAGCAGUGUUCCCGUUCUAUCGGUCUGAACCCAAAAUACUGUGGGGAGCACUAAAACACAUUCGGCCAUCUGUGUUAUAUGUCUAUGGAGGGAAAAGUCCCAUCUCGACAGCAGACCGGCGCGCAUAUAAGCUGCAACGUACUGGCGCAGGAUUUGGAGGCAGUGGUGGAUACAAGAAUGGUCGAGUCAAGGAAGUCAUAAGCCCUCAUGCUACUCACCAGCUUCCGUUCGAGGAUGUUACGACUGUCGCCGAAGCAACUGCAGAAUGGAUGAAGCAAGAGACGGCGAAAUGGAAAGAGGAAGAAGAACGGAUUCAGAAGGGAUGGCUAGAGCUAACCACGAAAGAGAGAAUUACUCUGCCUGAUGAGUGGCAUACGCAGUUGAACAGUUACUCCGCGAAAGGCAAGCAAAAGCCAAAAGCGAAGCUAUGA